GAGGAAGUCCUGACACAUUACAGAUUAGUCUCACUGGAUGCUCACAGCCUGAAAAACAUGCUGCACAUGUCAGCAGUUCUGUGCUAUGCUUUCUUCUGUACAGUAUGUACUCAUUUUAUUAAUGCAUUUUUUACAUGUCCUGCAUUUCUGUUUCUCUCUGUUCCAGUUUAUGUUGUACCGGUGACACAUACAGAGGCAGAAGACAAAGAAAGAGGAAGUCAGCAUCUCAUCACAUUCAUGAUUCACACCCUGCCUGAAACACACACCGAGAGCCUCAGACCCAUGUAGAGAGGAAUCUACUAACAACAGAGAAGAUCGUUGAAUAAGAGAGAAGAAUGAAGAUCAUCUGGACUUUCACUCUGCUGAUGAUUCCUGGUGCCAUGACCUUGAGUCUGACUGGACAUUCAGGGGGUGAAAUCAACAUCACAUGCACAUAUCAAGACAGACAUACUGGAAAUGCAAAGUAUUUUUGUAAAGUACUGUGGUUAAAAUGCUCUGAUCUCAUCAAGACUAAAGAGAAGGAUAAAUGGGUUAAUUCUGGAAGAUUCUUUCUGUAUGAUGACACAGGAGCAGCAGUUUUCACUGUUAUCUUCAGAAAUCUGAGUGAACAGGAUUCUGGGAAGUACAAGUGUGGAGUUGAUAAGUUAGGAAUAGAUUCCUACACUGAAGUGAAUCUGAACGUUAUAACAGCGCCAAAAACAGUAUCAGUAUCAUCACCAUCACCCUCAACAACAACAUCAUCAUCAUCAUCAUCAUCAUCAAUCACAACUCCACCUAUUUCACUAAAUUCCCAGCCAUCGACAUCUGAUUUCACAUUGGAUUCUCCGUCUGUCUCGAAUGGUUUGUGUCUGAUCAUCGUCGUGUCUGUGGUUCUUCCUCUGCUCAUCGCUGGACUCGUUUCAUGUAUAGUGACUGUCUGCAUGAAGCGUCAGGCUCGAGCUAAAGGCUCUGAUUCAGCCUCUAAAAUGCCUGAACCUGGAACAGAAAACAGUAAAGCGGUUCCUCAAACGCUGUACAUUUACGAGGGGAUUAAAGACACCAGAACUGCCCAAUUACCCACAAACCCCUCUGAUUCCACUAAAACAGUUUAUGCUACGGCCCAGUUACCCACAAACCCUUCUGGUUCUAUUACCACAGUUUAUUCUACUCCGCAAUUACCCACAAACCCCUCUGUUGAGUGGCAUAAACAGUGUAAGAAUCAGUUAACCACAAAUCCAUCUGCUUCUUGCUAUGUUUAUGCUACUCCAGGAUUACCCACAACCCCCUCUGAUUCUACUAAAACAGUCUAUGCUACUCCACAAUUACCCACAACCCCCUCUGAUUCUACGAACACCGUUUAUGCUAACGUUUAACAGUGCAGAAGUUCGCAAGAGCCAGGGAUUAUAGUAAAUACAUGUUUUACAAGUGAUUGACCAUUUCAAUUUGUUGUUGUA